AUGCUAAGGAUUUUGGACCCCGUGGUCACUGUCGUGACCAUUUCCUUUGUGGUCAAGGGGGUGCUCGGUGGCUACGGGAUGAGCAUGUUCGCCGCGCAAACAUCUCCCCCGGACCCUUGCUACGAUGAGAAUGGUAACCCGAGGAGAUGCAUCCCCGAUUUUGUGAACUCCGCUUUCGGAAAGGAAGUCCGCACUUCCAGCACCUGUGGUAAAACCCCGGGUAGGUACUGCUUGGUGACAGAGAAGGGCGACGAGAGAAAUAGGAACUGUCAUACUUGCGAUGCCUCGAACCCCAAAAAGUAUCACCCACCGGCAUAUCUAACGGAUCUCAACAACCCCCAUAAUCUCACAUGUUGGCAAUCGGAAAAUUACAUCCAAUACCCCCAAAAUGUCACCAUAACACUGUCACUGGGCAAGAAAUUCGAAGUCACCUACGUAAGCCUGCAGUUCUGCUCACCUCGACCCGAAUCUAUGGCUAUCUUCAAGUCUAUGGACUACGGCAAAUCUUGGGUACCUUUCCAAUACUAUUCGGCCCAGUGCAGGAAAAUGUACACCAAACCGAGCAAGGCCACCAUUACCAAACAGAACGAACAAGAGGCGAUAUGCACGGACUCCCACACGGACAUGCACCCUCUAUCCGGCGGUCUCAUUGCCUUCAGCACUCUGGACGGCAGACCGUCGGCGCACGACUUCGACAACUCGCCGGUGCUCCAGGACUGGGUCACCGCCACAGAUAUCAAGGUGACGUUCAGCCGAUUGCACACUUUCGGUGACGAGAACGAGGAUGACUCGGAGCAAGCCCGGGACUCUUAUUUCUAUGCGGUGUCCGAUCUGCAAGUUGGCGGUCGAUGCAAAUGCAAUGGCCACGCUUCGCGGUGCGUAAAAGACAGGGAUGGAAACCUUGUUUGUGAAUGCAAACAUAAUACAUCGGGACCAGAGUGCGACAGGUGCAAGCCUUUCCAUUAUGAUCGGCCGUGGCAACGCGCAACAGCUAGAGAAGCCAACGAAUGUGUCGCCUGUAACUGUAACCUGCAUGCCAGGCGAUGCCGUUUCAACAUGGAGCUGUACAAGCUGUCUGGGAGGAAGAGCGGAGGAGUCUGUCUCAACUGUCGCCACAACACGGCCGGACGCCACUGUCACUACUGCAAGGAGGGUUACUACAGAGACCUGUCCAAAACCAUCUCUCACAGGAAAGCCUGCAAAGCAUGUGAUUGCCAUCCCGUGGGUGCUGCUGGCAAAACCUGUAACCAAACCACGGGUCAAUGUCCCUGUAAAGACGGCGUGACUGGUAUCACGUGCAACCGCUGCGCUAAAGGCUACCAGCAGAGCCGCUCGCCCAUUGCCCCCUGCAUAAAGAUUCCCGUUGUUCCCCCGACAACCACAGCCAGCAGUACAGAGGAGCCAGCAGACUGUGACUCCUAUUGCAAGGCGUCGAAAGGCAAACUGAAGAUCAACAUGAAGAAAUACUGCAAGAAAGAUUACGCUGUCCAGGUGCACAUUCUGAAGGCGGACAAGGCGGGCGAGUGGUGGAAGUUCACCGUCAACAUCAUCUCUGUCUACAAGCAGGGCGAGAGCCGCAUCCGCCGCGGCGACCAGUUCCUGUGGGUCAGGGCCAAGGAUGUGGCGUGCAAGUGUCCAAAGAUCAAGACCGGGAAGAAGUACCUGCUCCUGGGUAACAAUGAGGAUUCUCCAGGGCAGUCUGGAGUGGUGGCCGAUAAGGGCUCCCUGGUCAUCCAGUGGAGAGACAUAUGGGCCCGUCGGCUGAGGAAGUUCCAGCAACGCGAGAAGAAAGGCAAGUGCAAGAAGGCAUAGGCGGAAAGUACGGACGACGCCUGGAGCGAGGGAA